CCCAUACUCUCUUUGCUUACUUGGCCAAAGUCAACAACUUGUUAGUUUUUUUUAUAUAUAAUGCAAAGAGAAAUAUUAAAACAUUCACAAAUCUGACCCACCCCAACAAGUUGUUAAGUUUAUUGAUAAGAAAAUAAACUGAAGAUGACUUCUUCUAUUCCUCCUUCAGCUCUUCUUCUUGUUUGGGUAGUAAUAGUCAGUACUACCAUUCCCUCUUUAUUAUCCCCAUUCUUAACCUUACCGGCGGCAGAAGCUCAGGCGUUCAAGUGCAACCGGCGGGGCGCAACCUGCGACGCCAUUGUAGACUACAUCUCCCCCAACGCCACCACUCUCUCCGCCGUCAAAUCCCUAUUCAACAUAAAAAAUCUCCGAUCCAUCCUGGGCGCCAACAGCCUCCCGCUCAACACUCCGGGCAGCCAAACCCUCCCGGCGAACCGGACACUGAAGAUUCCGUUCACGUGCUCGUGCGCCAACGGCACCGGCAGGUCCAGCAAUCGCCUCCCCAGCUACACGGUGGCCCCCGGGGACGGCCUGUACCACAUCGCGGCGGAGGUGUUCGGGAACCUGGUGACCUUCGGGGAAAUCCAGGCGGCGAAUAACAUACCGAAUUCGAACCUGAUUGUUCCGGGUCAGAAAUUGUGGAUCCCGCUGCCGUGCAGCUGCGAUGACGUGGAGGGGGAGAAGGUGGUUCACUACGGCCACGUGGUGGAGGCCGGAAGUUCCGUGGAGGCGAUUGCCGGGCAGUACAACGUCUCGCAGGAUUCUCUGCUGAAGCUGAAUGGGUUAAGCAGCCCCAAGGAUCUCAUAGCUGGAGCUAUCCUUGAUGUUCCUCUUCCAACAUGUAGAUCAGCGAUAAGCAACGCGUCACUGGACUACCCACUGCUUGUUCCAAAUGGGAGUGUAGUGUUCACGGCUGGCAAUUGCGUAUCUUGCAAGUGUGACGCUCCGGCCGCUACCGCUGUAAAUAACUGGAAUUUAGAAUGCCAACCCACACAGCUGAAAUCGUCAGUUUGGUCAAAAUGCCCGAGCACGUCGUGCCAAUUUGGAGGUUCAGUUAACGGUGGUAGUAGCUGCGCCGGCGGGGGUAACACAACGUCCGGGGCGUGUACAUAUGCUGGCUACACCAACCAAACCAUUCUCACUGCCUCCCUUGACUCAACCUGUCCCCAGAAGGAUGGCGGAUCUGCAUUAAGACCUCAAUAUAAUUGGAAAUGGCGCUUGAUGCUCACCUUGUUGUGUUGGACGGUUUGCAUUUCAAGCAGUUACAUAUUUUGAUUGUGAUUUGUGAGUAAAGUCAUUAAGUUGUGUGUCAUGCUAUUCUCCUCUCCUCCUUUUUUGUGUGUAAUCCGGCCCAAUUACGGUUUAAUUUAUUUUGCUUUAGUCAUCAUCAACAUAAUUAUCAUCCGAGGUUUGUAUUGUAUCACUAUUACUGCGUAGUUGAUUUUAUCCAUAUGCGGCACAGAUAUUUACACGCCUAUAUAUUGUUUUCUUAUGUUUGUGUGUGAUUGGUUAUCUGCUUUCACUACAUAUGGAAGCAUUCAUGAUGAUGAUAAUGAUGAUUACAAAUGGAUGUACUUUGAGUCGUAAUGUACUUCUUUACUAACAAGUACUUUGAAUAAUCAUAAUGAUUCCCCGGAAUGCAUACUAUUGUGUAUGGUUUUAAUGCCAUUUUAUGGAUUAUGGAAGCUGCAAUGGAACAUAACUCUUUAAGUGCCUGAAAGUCGUCUGCAUUUCACUUUUUUCUCCAGUAGUUCAUGUUGGCUCGUUGGCUCGUUGCUUUGUCUCUCUUCUAGGCACUCAGAAAUGAUUGAUCAUGGACUUCUUUAAUCUUUACUAUCUUCACACUGACCAAACACAUGGGAGAUCUUCUACAAUCUGUAUUCUUCUUUCUCACGAGAUGUCCUAAUAAUUGGAGGACGUAGGAAUGGGGGAGCCUGGGGGCAAGUGCCCCUGCUUCCGAGUUCCAACUAGGGGUGCAAAUGAGCCAAGCCGUUCGCGAGCCGCUCGAAGAUCGCUCGGAAAAUGCUCGACUCGAGUUCGGCUCGAUUCGAAUACUUAACAAGCUCGAGUCAAGCCUAUUUAUUUUAGACUCGUGGCUCGUGAGCCGGCUCGCGAGCUUUGUAUAUAAAUAUAUUAUGCAUAAUAAUUAUAUAUAUAUAUAUAUAUAUAUAUAUAAUAUUUUUGGAAUAUUUAUUCUAUUUAGGAGUACUCUAUUUCUAAUACAGCAUUACAGCUAUACUUAUGAUAUUGUAAUAAUGUAAUAAUAAUUAAAUAUAAUAAGUAGUAUUUUUAUUAUUAUAACC